UAUCGGUAAGCGCAUCGCGCCAAAGCCCAGCUAUAAGAACCCAACUAUUGCACUGCCGUCCUAUUCUCGGUUCCCAAGUCUCCAUCGAUUCUUCUUCCUUCCUUCACUCAAGUUCCCCGGCGACACACCAGAUGGAGCUGCAUGAUCUCUGCGAUGACCCGUACUACGCCGCCUCCCAGCGUCAGGAUUCAGCUAGCAAUUUGAGCUGCGAUUCCGAUCAGAUGAGAGAUGCCAAUGAAUUCGAGCUGGUAUACUCCAAAGAGAAUGUCGCGAUUCACCCGAGCCAGUACGCCUCGGAGCGGAUUAUCGGCCGUUUGCGAAUCAUUAAGCAGAGCUCUUCGCUGUUCUUGACGUGGAUACCCUAUCGCACUGCAUCUAAUUUGGUUGGCACUGCGGGGCGUAAUUUAAGCUCAAGUGUAUCAGAGAAAGAUAUGAACCUGUACACAAUCAAAUCAGUGCCCUUGACUAGCGUCCAUUCUAUAAGAAGGCAUAUCCCAACAAUUGGAUGGCAGUAUAUAAUUGUUAUCCUUUCGUCAGGGCUUGCAUUCCCUCCACUGUACUUCUAUAAUGGAGGAGUUCGUGAAUUUUUUGCAAUAUUGAAGCAGCAUGUAUUUAUUGUGAGGUCUGCAGAUGAUGCAAAUGUCUUUAGGCUAAAUGAUUUCCAGGAUUCUCUUCAGAAAAGCCUGUCAUCUCUGGAGCUACCAAGGGUUCUUUCAGUUGCAAAUGGGGCAACGUUGCACCAUUCACCAAGUGCAGUUUCUGCAAUUGAUAACUCUAAGAGGGAAAAUGGCAUAGCCUCUGGUGGUGUUUCCACUGCUUCUAAACAUAGCGGAAAGAAAAAGUACAAGGUUCCUGAUCCUGCUCAUGAUCUCUCCGUUCAAGUAUUGGAGAAGUUUUCGCUUGUUACCAAGUUGGCCCGGGAUGCAACAACUCAAAUCUUCCGCGAAAUUCAAGACACUCGUUCACCUCUUCGUGACAAAAAGCUUCAAAAUAGUCCUUCCCCUGUUACAACAGUUAGCCAGCUCGACUAUAGAACGAAUAAUAAUACACGAACAAAGCCUGAUGAUAUUGAGGGAAUAUCUGUUGAUUCCAAGUCUGUGAGAUCCUAUGUACGUGGAAAGAAAAUGAAGCUUCCUUUGACCCAUGAAGAGUGGAGAGCUUUCCUAGGCCGUGAGGGACGCAUUGUGGAUUCAACAACUUUGAGAAAAAGAAUAUUUUAUGGUGGAAUGGAAAAUGAUCUGCGAAAGGAGGUUUGGAAAUUCUUGUUGGGAUCGUAUGAGUAUGAUUCUACAUUCGCUGAGAGGGAAUAUCUUGAUUCAGUGAAGAAAUCUGAGUACGAAUCAUUGAAGUCCCAAUGGAAGAGUAUUUCAGAGACACAGGCCAGAAGGUUUACAAAGUUCAGAGAGCGAAAGGGACUUAUUGAAAAGGAUGUGAUUAGAACAGAUAGAUCUAUACCUUAUUAUGAAGGUGACGGUAAUCCAAAUGUUACAAUUUUACGGGACAUACUGUUGACAUAUUCUUUCUAUAACUUUGACCUUGGAUAUUGUCAGGGUAUGAGCGAUCUUUUAUCACCAAUAUUGUUUGUUAUAAGGGAUGAAUCCGAUGCAUUUUGGUCUUUUGUUGCAUUGAUGGAGCGCUUGGGCCCCAACUUCAACCGUGACCAAAGUGGAAUGCACACCCAACUUUUUGCAUUGAUGAAGCUCGUGGAGCUUCUGGAUCAUCCACUGCACGACUACUUUGGGAAAGCUGAUUGUUUGAAUUACUUCUUCUGUUUCCGUUGGAUUCUUAUACAGUUCAAGAGGGAAUUUAACUACAAGGAGAUCAUGCAACUAUGGGAGGUACUUUGGACGCAUCAUCUGUCAGAACACUUCCACCUCUACAUCUGUGUUGCUAUACUAAAAACCCACCGGGAGAAAAUCAUAGGAGAGGAGAUGGACUUUGAUUCCAUUCUCAAGUUCGUUAAUGGGCUAAGCGGAAAAAUCGAUCUUGAUGCAGUAAUAAGCGACGCAGAGGCCUUAUGCAUCAGCGCUGGCGAGCACGGAGCUGCCUGCAUUCCUCCUGGUACUCCACCUUCCCUACCAUUAGAUUCAGAUGCUCAAUUAUAUGCUCAACAAGAUGACGAAAUAUUAUGAAAAAAUAUAUUAAUUUACAUACAGAAAACUGGGUCGCUAUAACUUAUAAGAUACACGCACACACAGUCUGGUUGAUAAUUCCACAAACGAGCACAAAUAUGAGAAGUGAGCAGAUCUUAUCAGAAUGAUAAGAUCGACCUUCUUAUCAGCAUUAACGGUGUAUAUGCGCGCAAGCGAGAUAAAGUCUUGUUCGGUUCAAUUCUUUAAUUAUCGAGCUGAAAAAUGAGUUAGUCCAACUUUGCUAAGGUUCAAACAAAUGUAGCACUAAAUUGGCUCGUUAAGUAGUGAGUUGAACACGACAAGAUGUUAAAAUGUUGACUAAGGUUUUGUUUGGGACGGUUUUUUUUCUUCUUUUUAAAGCGGUUUUUUAGCAUAAAUUUUUUUAUUUUUGUACUAAAAAGUUGCUUUAUGAAGCAGUAAAAAAUCGUCCCAAACGAAGCCUAAAUUGAUGAUUUUGAUUGUGUGAUAAAGAUUAGGGAUUUUUAUAGCAUAAUGUCCCCUUAAGGAAUACAAAAUUUAGUCUGUGCAAUGUACAUUCUUUUUAGAUACGUUUUAUAGUUUCAGUGGGUGAAAUAUGUGAUUAAUAGCGAACAUUUUUUAUUUUUGUAGGA